AUGGAAAGAUUGGCUAUUUUAAGUGAUUCUCUCAUUUCUAAGUUUUUAGUAUGGACCUGUGGACCAUUAGGCUUGAUCUUCAAUUUAUAUGUUUUUGUAAAGUGUAUACGUAAUUUAGCAUAUGGAAGGAAAUUACGUGCGUUAAUAUUUGUCAGUCAAGCAGGUAGUCGAUUAACCGAUACUGGUAGAAAAGUCGGUAAUAAAUAUUUACCCAAUAUUAGUAAAGUGGCUUCUUUGUUGUUCCUUAGCUUAUCUAUAGCAGAUCUUCUAUCGUCUCUUUAUCUGUUAUCUUUAGCUUUAGCGGAUAGCUAUUAUUCAAGCUUAAAUUAUACUCUUAAAUCUGAUGGUUAUAAAGGCACAAAUCAUAAUUCAACUUUAUACAGCCAUAAUCAAAGUGAUACAGCUAGCCGAAAAAACGCCAGCAUUAUAUCCCCAUUGGCCAAUCAAUGGAUAAGUAGUCCGUUAUGUUUAAUUUUACGCUUUCUAACAGUAACUGGACCGAUAGCAUCUGCUUUAACGACUUUUAUGAUAACAGUAGAUCGAUUUUUUAUUGUUGUUUAUCCACUUAAAGUCAGCUUGAAAUUAAAUUUAUCAAGAGCCCUAAAAUGUUGCUGUGGUAUUUGGUCAUUAUCUAUAAUAUGUGGUAUUGCAACAUGCAUUAUUGCUACUUAUACAGUUCAAGGGACGUUUAACGAUGUUAGUUGGUAUAAUCGAUUAUGCAUCAUAGACGAUGCUAGCAAUGGUUAUGUGUUACCUUACGUUGUAUUUCUAGGGCUAGGUAUAUUUUUAACGUAUAUAUCAAUUGCUAUAAUUUAUAUCAUCACCCUUGCUAAAAUUCAUAAUAUUAAUGCCCAAAAUAAGCAUAAUCGGUUACUCAUCGGCACCAAGCGAUCUGAUAACCUUGAGCUAGGGGUUAUUAUUACUGGUUUGAUCGUGGCAGCAGGUGUAUUAUCAUGGAUGCCAGCAGGAAUCUCAUCCGCUCUAUUUGCCGCUAGAUUAAUACCUUAUCAUCAAGAGAUUGUAUCUAAUUUUGCAACUAUAACCACAUUAAUAAUGUCUGCUAAUUGCCUCGUAAAUCCAAUUAUUUUUAUUAUUUUAUCCAGAAGAAUUAAGUCGACGAGAAAUAAGCGGAAACAGCGCCAUCAUCGAAAUAAAAUAUUGCCAUCCUUCUAA